CAGAAAACCAUUAUUUACUCCAAAGAAAGACCCAGGACCUCAGAUUGACUCUACAAAAAGUUGGUCACCCCUGAGCUUGUUCAAGCUUUUCUUUAGUGCCUACACCAUUCGGGAAAUAAUCAAAAACACAAAUGAAAAUGCACAGCGUUUACUUGCAGCUGGAAAAAAAUUCAAAUGGUCACCUUUGACAGUGGACGAUUUUUACAAAUUUUUAGCCAUAAUUAUAUUCAGCGGACUGGUACAAGUACCGUACCUUCAAAGCCAGACUUCUGGCGAACAAAAUGGCCAUAUAAUUUUCCAUUUCCACGUAGCUGCAUGACCCGUGACAGAUUUGAGUCCAUCCUUUGGUCCCUUCACCUGUCCAACAUCAAAAAAGAUGAAGAAAAUGAGCAAAAAAAGGGAACUCCUCACUAUGAUCGGCUAUUCAAACUGAAACCACUUUAUGACGACAUCAGAGUUGCCUGCAAGACUCAUUUUCAACCAAUGCGAGAAAUAUGCAUUGAUGAACGGAUGGUGGCCAGUAAAGCACGAAUUGACUUCAAGCAAUUUAUGAGGGACAAGCCUACCAGGUUUGGGUAUAAACUGUUUGUUUUGGCUGAUUCCAGGACUGGUUAUACUUGGAAUUUUUUCAUUUACCAGAGGAAGUCUGCCGUUGUUCGGGAAGAAGGUCUCAGCACCACAUCAGUAAUGGACCUCAUGGAUUUUGGACUUUUAGGAAAGGGCUACCAUUUAUAUGUGGACAAUUUCUACAGUAGUCCUUACCUAUUUCAAAAACUGGCUUCAAACAGCACUGCUGCAUGUGGCACCAUCCGGCAAAAUCAUGUGGGAUUCCCCAAAACAACACUGAACAACCUUCCAAGAUCUGCACAGAGGGGAGAGAUGCGGUGGAUCAGAAAAGACGGACUCCUAUUUAUCAAGUGGAAGGACACCAAGGAGGUGACGGUCUGCAGCACCUUCCACAAAUCUUUCAGUGGAGCAACUGUAAAGAGGAGAGUCAAAGAGGCAGGGCACUGGGUAGUGAAAGAUAUUCCCGUUCCUGACUCUGUGAAAGACUACAAUAAAUUUAUGGGAGGAGUUGAUCUGUCUGAUGCCCUGAUCCAAUACUACUCAGUCAGAAACAAGACAAUGAAGUGAAAAAAGAGAGGAAAAGGCCAUUUCCCAACGGCAAUUCAGAGAGAAACUCAUGGAGGAGCUCAUACUGGAGUCCAAAGGAGAAACAGCUUGUCCUCAACCAAGCACAUCAUUUUCGGCUCAACCCGGUGCAUUCAAAUGCCCUGGGUCAGUUCCCAGAUACUUUGGGGGAACAGCAGAGGAAAAGCGAAGGAUUUGUGUGUGGUGCAAGCAGAAUGGCAGUAAGAGAAAAACACCACUGUACUGUCCCAAAUGUAACGUUGCCCUCUGUCUUCAGCCA